CUUCCCCUUAUUCGAAGAGAGCAAGAAUCAAACGUGGGCUCAUCAGCUAUAGCACUCUCCCUCAUGUGCCCUCGAUUGCUCGUCUGCUGUCGGCGGUCAGGUACUGUUGUGUAGCAGCGACGUCGUCUACCAGGCUUUGAAGGCCUGGGUUUGAGCAGAAAGACCGGAUGGACCAGUACGAGAAAGUUGAGAAGAUUGGUGAAGGAACGUAUGGCGUGGUUUACAAGGCUCGUGAUCGUGUCACUAAUGAGACUAUAGCUUUGAAGAAGAUUCGUUUAGAGCAGGAAGAUGAGGGGGUGCCAAGCACUGCCAUACGCGAAAUUUCACUCUUGAAAGAAAUGCAGCAUGGCAACAUUGUCAGGCUGCAGGAUGUAGUGCACAGUGAGAAGCGCUUGUAUCUGGUUUUUGAGUACCUCGACUUGGAUCUGAAGAAGCAUAUGGAUUCUACUCCUGAGUUUGCAAAGGAUCCUCGCCAAAUAAAAAUGUUCCUUUAUCAGAUUCUCAGAGGCAUUGCUUAUUGUCAUUCACAUAGAGUUCUUCAUCGAGAUCUGAAACCCCAGAAUCUGCUGAUAGAUCGUCGUACCAAUUCACUAAAGCUUGCAGAUUUUGGACUGGCUAGAGCAUUUGGUAUUCCUGUUAGGACAUUUACUCAUGAGGUGGUGACUCUCUGGUAUAGAGCGCCGGAGAUAUUGCUUGGUUCCCGCCAUUACUCUACUCCAGUAGAUGUGUGGUCCGUGGGUUGUAUAUUUGCUGAGAUGGUAAACCAACGACCUUUAUUUCCUGGGGACUCUGAGAUUGAUGAAUUGUUCAAGAUAUUUAGAAUCAUGGGUACUCCAACUGAGGAUACAUGGCCUGGAGUGAAUUCUUUGCCUGAUUUUAAGUCUUCCUUUCCUAAGUGGCUUGCUAAGGACUUGGCAACUGCAGUUCCAAAUCUUGAAUCUGCUGGCGUUGAUCUUCUCUCUAAAAUGCUCUUCUUGGAUCCCAGCAAAAGGAUUACGGCCAGGACUGCUCUUGAGCACGAGUACUUCAAAGAUAUUGCCUUUGUACCCUGAUUCCUCCUAUCUUCACUUCGUGGCAGAGAGUGUUUAUACUAUAGUGUAGCAUCCUGUGAACUUUGCUUGAAUGAGAAAUGUGUGUUGCUCUUGUGAUUUUUCCCCCUCAUUCCUCAGACAUAGUUCCGAUUAUGUUGAUUUGGCUUUCAGCAGACGUUAUCAUCAAUUACAGUCUGCCCUUGGUUUCUUUCGUUUCCCAUUUACGCUUAAGAUAUACAGUAGUAACAUUUUCUGAGUUGCUUGUAAUUGACGAUACAUAUCCUGUGAGAAACAAUUUUCCCUCGAGGAAUGUAAAGGAUAGGUUUGCUUCU